AUGGCCGGGGGCAUCUCCAGCGGUGCUCCCGGCGAAGCAUCCGCACGGUCCAGCAUCGUGACGCUGAUCAACAGUAGCGUGGGUGUGGGGGUACUGUCCCUGCCGUACGCCUUCCGCGCCGCGGGGUGGGUGGGGGGCCUAGCCCUGCUGGCCUUCGUGGCCACCGUGGAGGCCUUCACCCUGUACGUCCUCUCCCGCUACGCCGAGCACACGGACGCCGUGACCUACGCCAUCGUGGUGCGCCGCAUGCUGGGACCACGUGCCUCCAUGUUCCUGGCAGGCGUGCUCAUGGUCUACCUCUUUGGCUCCUGCGUCGCCUACCUGAUCAUCUUCGGCGACUGCCUGCACCCCCUGGUGCUGGGCGCCCUGGGCGACCACUGGUUCACGCACCGCAACGCCGUGCUCCCCUUCUUCUCCGCCGUCCUUAUGUUCCCGCUCUGCCUUCCUCGCACCUUGGAUGCCAUCGUCGGCGUGAGCGCCGUUGCUCUGUACGGCAUCGUGGCCAUGGUGGGCAUCGUGACCUAUCGCAACGCCGGGAUCAUCGCCGUCGAGCCCAGCCCCUGGGCCGAGGUGCAACCCUUCAACGUGAGCCUGGACGCCCUGGCCGCGGUGCCCAUCAUCAUCUUCGGCAUGCAGUGCCACGCCCAGGUGAUCACCGUCUUCAACGAGCUGGAGGAGCGGCCGCGCCUGGUGAAGAAUCUGUUCCCCUCGGGCCUCUUCCGCCUGCGCGGCAGCGACGAGGAGGAGGAUGGGGCGCAGGACGCGGUGGUGGACGGAGUUGCGGACGGCACAGGGGCCGAGACUGAGAGCGAGGCUGGGCCGCGCCAGAGCAGGAAGAGCCGGAAGCUGCGCGGCAUGCGACGCGUGGUCAUGGCCGCGAUUGGACUGACGGCGGCGGGGUACAGCGCCAUCGGGCUGACCGGCUACCUAGCCUUCCCCCACUCGGCCCAGAGCAAUAUCCUGAACAACUUCUCGCGCCGCGACGGGCUCAUGCAGCUCUGCCGCGCGCUGGUGGGCCUGAUGAAGGUGGUGUCCUACCCCAUCAACCACCACCCGGCGCGCACUUGCACCCAGGACGUGGUGGCCGCGCUGACGGGGCACCGCCCCGACAGCGCCGCCUUCAACUUCGCGCAUGCCGCCGGCUUCUACCUGGCCACCCUGGCCGUGGCCCUGGCCGUCAGCGAUCUGGGCCAGGUGUUCAAGGUGGUGGGCGGGACCAACGGCGCCUUCCUCAUCCUGGGCCUGCCGGGGGCGCUGCUGAUGAAGUACGCCAGCGACAAGGCGCUGGCCUCGCGCAUUCCCCUGGUGGUGGAGCAGCCGCUGCUGGUGGCGCGGGGCGAGGCGCCACCGCCGCGCCCCUACCGCCUCCUCACCUCCAAGCUGUGGUGGGCGGGGCUGGGCCUGGUGGGGCUCUGCGUGGGAGUGCUGGCCCUCACCAUCGUGUCCAUCGUCUACCCCAUGCAGCCAGGGGGCGAGUGA